AUGUCAUUCAACCGAGAGCCACGACGAAUGCGGCUCCCAAUAAAUCUCGGGCGCAACCGACUCUCGUGUACCCUCUCACCACCACAAGUCCCACCAGCGCCACGACGACAACGACCUUACCGCCCCGCUGAAAUGCGACGCGCAAUAAGUCUCAGACUCUCGUUGACACCCCCACCACGACAAGUCCCUCCACCACCCCGCCAAUUCCGCUCCUUUCACGUAAUAGAUCCUCCCCGCCGUAGCCCCCUUCCGAGCCCCCUUCCCUCCUGCCCGCGACGAGCGCAUCCAGGAGCACGCGAGAUCACCAGUCUCUCCUCCGUAGAAGCCAGUAAGCGUGCGGCAGCGUACGCUGCAGUGGACGCGCACUUCAGCAAUGCACCGGGGUAUGUUGGCAUCGGGUCUGGCAGUACGGUGUUCUAUGUCGUUGAUCGGAUCCGGCAAUUAUCGGUCGGGAGGACUAGCAACACGGGCUUUGUACCGACGGGGCACCAGUCUCGGGAACUUCUGCGCAAUGCCGGGCUUCGCAUGGUGCGGCUGGAGGACGUGCCAGGGAUGAUCAGUGUUGCGUUCGAUGGUGCUGACGAAGUGGACGGGUGGUUGAACUGCGUGAAGGGCGGUGGCGGGUGUCUGCUCUUGGAGAAACUUGUGGCGAUUCGCUCGAAGGUUUUUAUCGUUGUUGCCGACCAAACGAAACUAUCUCACGCCCUCCUAACCUCCUACCGCCACGGCAUCCCGCUGGAAGUGUUCCCCAGCGCGGUGCCAUACGUCCUCUCAGAGCUACGCUCGCUGGGUUCUACGGAUCCACGAGUGCGAGAUGGAGCGCCGGCGAAGCUGGGGCCGUGCGUCACGGAUAACGGAAACUUUAUUGUCGAUGCGCCGUUUCCGCCACUCGCCACGAGUGGAGCUGUUGUCGAGCUCGCUGAGAGUUUGAAGGGGAUUGUGGGCGUUGUGGAGCAUGGUAUUUUUUGGCGGGGGGAUAGGAGGCCGGAGAAAGCGUUCUUUGGAGGGGCGGGGGGAGUGGUGAGAAUGGAGGCUAGACCGGAGUGA